UCGCCCGUGCUGUGUACAGUCGGAUGGGAAAAAUAAAAUUAGUCUAUGGAAAGUGUUGUUGUUGAACGCACGCUGCACCGCACGCGCGUGGCGCGAAAAUUGAUUGACACUUCGUAAUUCUAUUUCGAAUUCCAAUUUAUUAUUUUGUGGGUGAUUCUUAUUUAUAUUUAAGUGAAAUAUUAGUGCUUCAAGAAUUAUUACCUAUUUGUCUUUUUAGUGAGUGCCUUGGAUUUUUGUGUCAAUAUAUUUUACACAUAUAAUUUACAGACGGAGCCGCAGACCGGGCUCGGUUGGCGACAAGCGAUUUUGAACCUUAGAGCUUACAAAAUGGGGUCUUCAAUGAGGUUAAGAUGAGCUGUCUUAAGGAACAGGCAGUCGUUUACGUUUGCGUCACUUAAAACAAAGAAGAUGGUUCUACCUCACCGCGUUCCCACCUUAGCUACGCUUAUACUCAUUUUACUACUACAAUCAUCAACAGAAGCAAAGAAAUCAAAGAGAAAAGUAAUUUGUCCAAUAGGUUUUCAAGUAGCCUAUUCUAAUAUCAAAGGCGAGCCAAUAUGCUAUCGCAUAAAAGGCCCAGAGAAAAUAUCAGACAAAUAUGUCAGCUGCACAGGCAACUUAUACACUGCGAGUUUAUAUAACAGCCUUAAUUUGACCAAGUCUGAAUUAGUAUUAUGGACAGAUUACAGGUCCGCGUACCCUGGGGGACCCUUCAUUGAUAAUUCAUUUACUAAAUCAACAGGCUCCCUUUUAGAGUCUACUUUUGAGGUAGAUAACAUACUAGAAAGCAUAGAUGAUGAACUGUGCGUAGUUAUAGAUCCUGUAACUAAUUUUACUACAACAGGAUGUGACGAAGAGUACUAUAGGUACUGCUUAGUAGAGCCAUACGCUGAUGAAGAUUCUAUGUCUAGAGAAGGUUGUGAGGAUCUCAAGGGUUCUUGGAGGUUUUGGUCUCCAAGAGCAACCUGCUUGUCUCCGGCAACAGCUGUCGGGGGAGGCGCAGUUAGAGCGACUUGGUUCCAGUCAAAAGAAAUAUGUGACAAGCGAGGGGGGACCGUAUUGUACAAUGGCUGGAGAUAUUCUAACAAUCCUUUGCUCCACAUCUCCGGAUCUUUUCCCAUAUAUCCUCUGGGCAUAACGUACGACCCUCAACGUCACAGCCACAUUGUGAAUGAGGAUAGCGCUACGGCACCUCCUGCGGAAUGGGGCUUGGGUGAGAACCUGGGGUUGGCAAGUGGUAACGAGACUUCUUAUGGUGCCGUUCGAAAUGGCCUGUGGGAUUUGGUCAACAGUUCCUAUUUAUUUUUUGAUAUUAUUUGCGAGAAAAAUGUCGAAUUGAAAAAAGUUGAUCUAGUCGUUAGUGCUGACGAACAAAACAAGUUAAUUCUGACUGUCAGUGAAAAUGUUGAUGGAGACAACAUUCAGUGUUUCACUGACUCCGAAACAUUUUAUCCGACGCCUGUUAAAAUCAGCUUCGAUGACAUCCACAACAAGUUGCUGACCUUCGUCCUCAAGCCGAUUGCUGACGGAUUUUAUUGGUGUGUCCACACAGAUUCCAAGCGAUACCUUGUCUCAGAAUCCAACAAAGCCCUCUGGGUCAGAGAAGAACAAUCCCUCCGAUACAAUUUCGCCGUCAAAAUGUACCUCGACAAGGAAUACAGAUUCGACAAUUUAGAAAGACUGAAGAAAAUUUGGGAGAAAAAACUAAAAGAAUACAUAUUUUAUUCAACAAACUAUUAUAAGAUUAAUGGAGGUAUCGAACAGACGCAAGAUCCAAAAACAUUUGAAGAUGUUUUGAAGGACUUCAAGUUAGUGCACCCGGACUUGAACCCGCGGGAGAAGGACAUCAUUUAUGGGAUGAAGUUUAAAAAAGUGUUCUUGGACGCGAGGACAGUGCUGGUUCACUUGCAGCUGAACCCGAGAAUGACGCCCGUACAGCCGGGCACCUGGGACGGCAUCAAGAUAGAAUACAUGAAGCCGGUGUAUUUUUGUACAGCUGAUAAACACGAGUUUGUUGAUCUAGUCAAAGUGAAGUGUCAAAUCCACAAGUGCGUGGGUAACUUCAACGAUGGCGUGCAAGUGGUAACGACUAGUGACGAAGACUGCAGCAAGACAACUGAGACCUUAAUAUUCGUGGAGAAUGAAGUGACGUCGGCAGCACCCACUACAGUCACUUCUGUUCGGUUGGGACCGAGGCCCGAAGUACCGAUAUUCGAGUUACUGCAACGGGAUAGCGAAAGUUCUGAUGAAGACUUCACAACACUAUCAACUGAACCUGGGACUACUGUCAACAUGACUUCAACUGGAUCAACUCAACAAUCGUCUUACUGGCCGAAGCCCACAACAACCUCUACGGCAUUAUAUACCACAGAUACAGUUACAACGGUAACAACACCACCUGACCAACCGACUACAGUAUCGAUGACGACUCCAGCUCCUGAAGAUCAGCUGCAACAAGUGUUGGAAGAUUUAGAGAACUUGAUCAACAAUGGAUCAGCGCCAGUAUUACUAGAAGAUAUCAGUACUGCGUUCGACCAGGUCGAUGGAUUGCUAGAAGAAAACUUGGAUCUCAACAUUCCGGGGCAAUUGCUUCACUUGCUCGACGGCAUUGGGUCCAGGUUGGAACUUGGGGGUUCCGAGAAUGCCACCACUAUAAGAAAUAAUAUAGCUCUGCUGGUCUCUGAUGCGGUACCAGAAAUGCCUGUGAAAGGACUCCGGAUAGCUGCAAGAGAUAAUGAUUCCUUCUAUGAAGGUGCCUUUGAAAUAUUAAGAGAAGAGUUCGACUCGUCCCAGCUGUCCUCUGACAGCAACGAGGCGGUGGUCCAGCUCCCGAACUCUGUGGCGACCUCCUCCCGCCGCAUCAGCUUCGUGGUGUUCAGGAACGACCGCGCCUUCCUCAGCAAGGACUCGGCGGGAGACUCCGUCGUCAAUAGCAGAGUGCUCAGUGUUAAUGUCGAGAAUGUUACGCUGUUUGAAACGGGAGAGUCGGUGGACAUCCACUUCAGCUCUCUGUCAGGUGACCCCGCCCGUAACGAGAGCCGCGCCUGUGCCUUCUGGCAGUUCGUGGAGGGCGGGCUCGGCUACUGGUCGCAGGAGGGCUGCACCUUCAUCAGGGCCACCAAGCCAGGUAUGCUGGACACCUGCCGCUGCAACCACCUCACACACUUCGCCGAGAUCCUCGUCCCGAAGGCCGUCUUCUCCGAACGAAACGAAGCAGUUCUCGAACUACUCACCAUUAUAGGCUGCUUUCUAUCCAUAUUCGGUCUCACUAUGAUAGGCCUCACUGCCGCCCUCUUCAGAUCCUGGCGACGAGACUUCAGCAACAAGAUAUGGCUGCAGCUGUGCAUCGCCAUUCUGUUGGUCAUUGUGUCCUUCAUAGUAAUUAUUUUUGCUCAGUUCGACAACUACGACAUUCCGUGCAUGUUGGUAGGAGUGUUGUUACAUUAUUCGGUGCUGGCGUCCUUCUGCUGGAUGUUGGUGGCCGCCGUGUUGUCCUACAGGCGGCUGGUCAUGGUGUUCACUCGCGAUGCCUCGCACAAGCUGUUGCGGGCAUCUGCCUUCUCCUGGGGAGCUCCUUGUGCAGUAGUCGGUAUCCUCCUUUCAGUCGCCCCGCACUCUUACGCGGGACGUUUCGAAGAGAAAACCCCGACGGGAGCUUUCUGCUAUCCUUCAGGCCUCGCUCUCUGGCUGGCCGUGUUCGCGCCCAUCGCGGCCAUGCUGCUCGCAAACUGGACGCUAUUCAUCCUGAUAGUGCGCUCCGUGUUUGCUUCUAGAAGGAUCCAGAGGCACGGCGACACCAACGAGGCGAUGCGCUGUGCCUCUGUGAGCUGCUUACUUGUCUUCUUGUUUGGUUUGCCGUGGUUAUUCGGUUUGUUCGCGUACAACAUUGUGUUAGCGUAUCUCUUUACGUUGACGGCAACUUUCCAAGGAUUCGUGUUGUUUAUAUUCUUUGUGGUUGGGAAUAAGAAGACGCGCGAUCUGUGGUUGAAUAAGUUGAAGAUCAAGCAGACGCGUAAGGUUCCUGUGACGUCAUCCACGUUCACGAACAGGAGUACAGGUCCAGGGUGGAGGGGGGGCGCGGCGCAGACCUCGGUAGAGGCUAAAGUGUCGAAGCCGAGGUCCUUGACCUCACCGGAUGACUCCCGCUUCUCCUGACCCCCGAGGGUCCGGGCCUUCGUCAGCUCUCUCCAAGGGCCCGCUCUGAACAUCCCUUCCCAAA